UGUGAAUUUUUCUAAAAUAUUCUAUGUUUUUAUUUUCUUUAUUUCUUAUUAAAAUUUAUAAUAUUUACUAUAAGUAUAAACAUUAUAUAGUGGCGAGUAACCUAAACAUUCGUGUAUAUUAUUAUUAUUAUUAUUAAUACUAAUAAACACUAACACUACUCUAAUGAUGAAGUUAUAAUUAAAAUGAAUUAAAUAAAUCAGAAGUGGAUGGUUGCUUAAAAAAACAUUUAUAAUGGCGGCAGUUGUUAAAACCGAACCGAUGUUGGAUCAUGAAUCGAUAAUGGACAAAUAUCGUUCAGAUAUUACAUUGUUAACAGAUCCAAGUGUCGAAGAUGAACAAAAAUUAAAAAUUGUCCAAACUUUGAAUGAAAAUUUUGAGAUGAUUGUGGAUUCUCAUCAAUAUCCUACAUUUUUAGAACAUAUGAUUAAACAUUUUAUUCGCAUUUUAGUUGAUGGAGAACCAUAUUUUAUAGCGGAAUAUCAUAUAUUUCAAGUAAGAAAACUGGUAUUAGAAAUGAUAUAUAGACUACCGUGUAAUGAAUUUCUAAAACCUCAUGUUGAUCGGCUUGUAACAUUGUGUAUGAAGCUCAUUCAAACUGAUAAUGAACAAAAUGGAAUUUCAUGUAUACGUAUUAUUGUUGAAUUACAAAAAAAUUUCAGACCUCCAUAUAACACUGAAAUUAGUAAAUUUCUUCAAAAUACUAAAAAAAUUUAUUGGGAUAUACCUGACAACAUGGAAAAAAUAUUUAGCAUGAGAACCCAACAAAGACUGCGUAUUAAUGAUCUGUCUACAGUUGAUAUAAGUGAAAUUCUGGAUAAUACAUAUUCAACAAUUGUUAUUAACUGUGAAACAUCAGAAAAUAAUGUUGAGACGUAUAACGUUAUUCCGCGAAGUAUUUCAUCAUUAAAAAUAUUGCAAGAAUUGCCGAUUGCAAUUGUACUUAUUUAUCAACUUUACAAAGAUAAUGUUAAAAGAGAACUUAGUGAAUAUAUUCCAACCAUUAUACGGAUUAUACCUCUACAACCAUCAACGCUUUACAAAUCACAUUCAAAUUAUAACAAGGAAAUUUUGGUUGAAUUGGUAUCGGCCCAAAUUAAAGUUUUAUCUUAUCUAGCAUUUGUUAUUAAGCCGUUUACAGAAAUUGUAACUGUUCAUUCUACACAAUUAGUUGAAGGAAUGAUUGGAAUGUUGGAAUCAUGUCCUAUGGAAGUAACACAUCUUAGAAAAGAACUUUUGAUCGCAUCAAGGCAUAUUCUUAAUACAGAAUUACGAAUAAAAUUUAUUCCUUACAUGGACAAAUUACUUGAUGAAAAUACACUACUUGGCCGAGGAUGGACUACUACAGAAAAUUUAAAACCACUGGCGUAUAGUACUAUUGCUGAUCUUAUUCAUCAUGUUCGAGUUCAUUUAUCACUACCAACAAUUGUAAAAGCUAUUAAUCUUUUUGCAAUCAAUGUUCAUGAUCAUAGUUUAACUCCUAGUAUCCAGUUAAUGUGCUGUAAAAUGUUAAUGAACUUGGUAGAUUGUAUAAGACAAAGAAAUGGCGAAGAUGUUCCCAAUUUAAAAUGCACUCAAGGAGAAACAGUCAGUUUUGAUCUUUUAAUACGUAUUAUUCAAGUUUAUGUGCUAAAACUCAAAGUGGUUUCUAAAUUAUACAUACCAGCUAUAAUUUCUAAAAAUGUCACUAAAUCAUUAUCAUCUGAAUCAUCACACAUUCCAGACAUCAAUGAGGGUGAAAUUAUUGACGAAAUUGUAAAAAAAGAAGAAAAAGAGUUAACUAAUAGUCCUAGUGGAAAAAAACUUCAAGAAAAAACAAAAUAUGUGUUCUCUUCAUCACCAACAGCUUUAUUCUCAUUGCCGGAGUGUAGGACGUUAGUCAAAGUUAUAAUUUGUGGUAUAAAAACAGCAGUUUGGGGUAUUGCUACAGUUAAGACUAACAAAGAAGAUGAUUCAGGAAGUACAACAAAAUUACCAGUAAAACCUCAACUUGUAAAAAUUUAUUUAGGUCUUGUUAAAUGGUCUUUACAAGCUAUGGAUGUGCAUAUGGUAAAUCCAUUGAAUAAUCAAAAUACCAAUGCCAAUGUUUUAAGACCACGAUCAAAAGAAGAAAAAGAAGCAAUGGACCAUUUAAGCAGUAUUUUUACCUUAUUACCUCCAAGUACAUUUAAAGAAAUAUUUUCCACUACAAUAGCUUAUUUUGUUGAGAGAAUAGAAAAAAAUCAUGCUUUAAUGUACAUUAGUGAAUCACUUUUAAAUAAUAGCCUCAACACAUCAGAAACAUCUUCCAUAUUUGCAACAUUGUUAUUAGAACAUUUACUCAGCAAAAUGGAAGAUAUGGGCAGUGGAAAUGCUGAACGAAGUAAUUUGUAUUUAAAACUUUUUAAGCAAGUUUUUGAUACGGUUAAUCAGUAUUCAAUUGAAAGUGAACAAACACUUCAACCUUACUUAAAUCAAAUUGUUAACAGCUCAAUGAAACUAGCUUUAACUGCUAAAGAUCCAUAUUACUAUUUUUUACUGUUGCGACCUCUAUUUCGUUGUAUUGGAGGAGGUGCUCAUGGAGUUUUAUAUCAAGAAUUUUUACCUCUUUUACCAAACUUAUUAAAAAGCUUAAAUAGCUUACAAUCUGGUUUACAUAAACAAGAUAUGAAAGAUUUAUUUGUGGAAUUGUGUCUUACUGUACCUGUUCGUUUAAGUUCACUAUUACCUCAUUUACCUCUACUUAUGGAUCCAUUAGUUUCUGCUUUGAAUGGAUCUCCAUCAUUAAUUAUUCAGGGUCUUAGAACUUUAGAACUAUGUGUGGAUAACCUGCAAACAGAUUUUCUGUAUGAACAUAUUCAACCUGUAAGAGCAGACCUAAUGCAAGCUUUAUGGCGGUCGUUGCAUAAUACUAAUGAUAAUGUUUAUCCUGUAGCAUUCAGGUAAUAUUUUAUUUAGAUUCAAAUACAAAUCAAAAAAAACAAAUUCAUUAUUUGUUAUUAUCUAUCAUUAAGAUUAUCUUCAUAGGCAUUUGCUGUUUCUGUUUACAACUGCGUAACACCAUAUUUAAGUUUAGUACAGAUCACGUUUU